CGGGCCGGGGGCGGCGCGGGGCGGAGCCGCCGCAACCUGCGGGCGCUGCCGGCCGCCCUUAAGAGGCGGCGCCGUCCCCGCCGCGCCGGGCCGGCACCAUGAGCGGCCGCGUCGGGGACCUGAGCCCGCGGCAGGCGGAGGCGCUGGCCCAGUUCCGGGAGAACCUCAAGGACGUGCUCCCCUCCCUGCCCUCUCAGGACGACUAUUUCCUCCUGAAAUGGCUCCGAGCACGCUGCUUCGACCUGCCCAAGUCGGAGGCGAUGCUCCGCAAGCACGUGGAGGUCCGCAAGCGCAUGGAUGCUGACAACAUCGUUGCUUGGGAAGCGCCCGAGGUGAUCAGGAAGUACAUGUCGGGGGGCAUGUGUGGCUACGACCGGGAGGGCAGCCCCAUCUGGUACGAGAUCAUUGGGCCGCUGGACGCCAAGGGGCUGCUCUUCUCCGCCUCCAAGCAGGACCUGCUCAAGAACAAGUUCCGCGACUGCGAGCUGCUGCGGCACGAGUGUGAGAGGCAGAGCCAGAAGCUGGGCAAGAAGAUUGAGAUGGUGCUGAUGGUCUAUGACUGCGAGGGCUUGGGCUUGAAGCACCUCUGGAAGCCGGCGGUGGAAGCAUACGGCGAGCUCCUGUCCAUGUUUGAGGAGAAUUACCCCGAGUCCCUGAAGCGCCUGUUCAUCGUGAAGGCUCCCAAGAUCUUCCCGGUGGCCUACAACCUGGUCAAGCACUUCCUGAGCGAGGACACCCGCAAGAAGGUCGUGGUGCUGGGAUCUGACUGGAAGGAGGUCCUGCAGAAGUACAUCGACCCCGCACAGAUCCCAGUGGAGUACGGGGGCACGCUGACAGACCCCGAUGGGGACCCCAAGUGCCCCAGCAAGAUCAACUACGGGGGGGAUGUGCCCCCGCAGUACUACGUGCGGGACCAGCUGACGCAGCCCUACGAGCACACGGUGGUGGUCAACCGGGGCUCGUCCCACCAGGUGGAGUAUGAGAUCCUCGUCCCUGGCUGUGUCCUCAGGUGGCAGUUCAAGUCGGAGGGGGCUGACGUGGGCUUCGGGGUGUACCUGAAGACAAAGGUUGGGGAGCGGCAGCGGGCGGGCGACAUGACCGAGGUGCUCCCCACCCAGCGCUACAACGCGCACAUGGUGCCCGAGGACGGCUCCCUCACCUGCUCCACGCCCGGCAUCUACGUCCUGCGCUUCGACAACACCUACAGCUACAUCCACGCCAAGAAGGUGAGCUACAGCGUGGAGGUGCUGCUGCCCGACGCCGCCUCGGGCCAGCAGAUCCAGCAGCUCGGCGGCGACAAGCCGGGCGAGGGGACCCUCAACCACAGCCCUUGACGCCGGCGGCGCGGCCCCCGCCCCGGGGAGGACGGAGGAAGGGGGCCGGGGCCCCGCGGCUCAGGGCUGCGGGGGCUGCGCGCGGGGCCGCCGGCCCCUCUGUGCCUUACGUGGCCCCCGGGGUAGCGGGGGCUGGUGGGGUGGGGGCAGUAAAGGGAUGGACAC